AUGUCGCUUCGCAAUAUCAGAUUACAAGAAGAAAGAAAACAAUGGAGAAAAGAUCAUCCAUUCGGGUUCUACGCCAAACCAGUCAAAGGUGCUGACGGUUCAUUAGAUUUAACUCAGUGGAAGGCAGGAAUUCCGGGAAGGGCGGGCACGUUAUGGGAAGGUGGUGUUUACCCAAUCAAAUUGGACUUCCCUCCAGAAUAUCCCUCGAAACCACCAAAAGUGAAAUUUCCUGCAAACUUCUACCACCCAAAUGUAUACCCCAGUGGUACUAUUUGCUUGAGUAUUUUGAAUGCUGAUCAGGAUUGGAAGCCGGCGAUCACGUUGAAGCAGCUUGUUUUGGGGGUACAAGAAUUAUUGAGCACGCCCAACCCAGAUUCACCAGCACAAGAAGCAGCUUGGAAAGACUUUAGUAAAGAUCGGAAGUUGUAUGAGAAGAAAGUGAGCGAACAAGCUAAAAGGUUUACGCCUGCUGUGUAG